AAAAAUCGCAAAAUGACAACCAAAUUCAUGAGAUAGAGUCACAAACAAAAACGAGCCAGUCACUAUGUCAUAUAAAUUUUGAAAUUAAAAGGUAUUCUUUUGCAUUAUAGAACCAAGUGAUUAAACUGCGGCCGUUGAUUUAUAUCAUUAUAUAACCAGUUAUUAAUAUAAUAAUCGAUACUAUGAACCAACUAGCAUAUGAUAAAAUACGCCUGGAAGAAAAACAAGCUACUAUUGGCGCCAAAACUCAAGGCACUCGGUUGGUUUUUGAAUAAAUCAAAGACGAUAGGCGAUAGAGGCUCAGGUUUUCACCGCUUUGUAGCUAAAAGACUUGACUAGAUCUUUUCGUAUAUGGAGUGGUAAAUCAUUAAAUAAUGCAUCUUUUUCAGAUGGACAAAAUACGGUCAAAGAUAUGCUUGCACUUAAGUUUAAGUGUCCCCAUGGGAUGAUUCCUUCGUAUUAACAUUUUUUCUAAUAUUUAGGAUUCUAGAGCAGAAUCUCCUCUUUGAAAUGAGGCCUCUCCUAAGUCUCUGUUACUUAGCGAUGUUUAGUUGUAAUAAGUCGAAGUUGAAAUAACAUCGAAUUAAUUAAAUAAGAAAUCUAAAUACAGAAACACUAACUCCUUCUCUAAAGUAGCAAAUACGUCUACAAUAGAAAGUCGACAAAAGGAGUAAGGUGGCGAGCGAAACGAGGAUGGAUCAGAAUCCACCCGAUCCACAAAGAUCUUUAAAAAGAAAUCUCUCGAAUACUACCAGUAGCGAACAAAAUCAUCAAACAAAAGUACUAAUAACAAAACACAUGAAAGUUUUCAAAGUUGCACCUGUAAUAGUUAGAGGUAUACAAAAUAUCCCUGGAGUCAAAUUAGGCAACAUAAUAAAAGAGAAACUUCCGACAUCCAAGAUUGACAACAUAAUACAUAACAGAAAACAGAACAUUUUUACAAUUCAGCCAAGUGAUGUAACUACAUACAACAAUCUUUUAAAAGCAUUUCUGAAAGACUCUCUCCCAGAAAAGGAUAGUAUCAAAGUCUCUGUACCAUCUCAAAUCAAACACGUAUUAGACAAUAAAAAAAUAGCCUUUAUUAAACAUGUCGAUCAUGAUCUAGAAGAUGAUGAUAUCAAACAAGCACUGCAUGAUAGCGGACUCAAUUUUCAAUCAAUAGAAAGACUAAAAGAACAAAAUAAACCUGCAAAAACCGUGAAAAUUACAUUGACACAUAAAAACAAUCGUGAUACAUUAAUUAAAACUGGGCUCAAAGUUGGCUACUGUUCAUUAAGCGCAGAAGCAGCAAAACCAAAAACACAGGAUAUUUGUCGUAAAUGUGGCGGAAAUCAUACAACAAAUAAUAGAACUGCAAAUGAAGCUAAAUGUUUAAACUGCUCAAACCAACAUGAAGCAAAUUCGGCAUCGUGUCCGAAAUACAUCGAACAACAACAAAAAAUUCGAAAAAUAAUUGGUGAUUAUACUAGUGAAAUCAAAGUACCAUCACCAAUGACAACAACAAAUUUUCCAUCAUUGACAAAAAUCUAUCACAGUGCACAUCAGUAUCAUCAAGCUGACGAACAUUUAGAGAUGAUGGAAACAAUGAUGGAGAAAAUGGCUAUAACCAUAGUAUCGGCGAUGACUAAUGCAAUACAACAAUCGACAACAACUUUGAUUGGAGUAUUUGCACAACAAAAUGUCCUCACAAACACCAGAUUUAUCAGCCACAUCAUUAUCAACAAAUUCCUCACCAUUGAUGGCGCUGAAUAA